AUGGAUGACGAAAUUGCGAUGGGAGAGGACAAGAGUUGUGUAGUGAAAAACGAUGGCGGAAGAAACAAUUAUGUCAUCUAUCUGACCAAUGAGCACGACUUUACUCAUACGAUAAUUGAUGAAUCAGAAACACUCGGGCAAAUUUACCUCGUUAAGAAGACAAAAUAUGGUAACGGAUAUUAUAAGAUUUCCCCUGACGAUAUUGGUUACGAUGAGGAAACGCAAACCAUAGUGAUCUUCAUGAAAGACAAUAAUGGUCUGAGGCAUACGUUCACUGGGAGAAUUAUUAUCAAACGAACAAAACCAGGCGAUGUUAAAGAGAUGAGGCUUUAUCUGGCUGACCCCGAAGGCCAACCACAAGUUAAAUGCAACAUUAAAAGCUUAGAUGAUGAAAACCUUGACUGUUCGUUGAGUUAUACACUGGGGCAUAGCUCGAUUAACAGAGGAAUUGGAAGUCGAAAUCAUGAAUGGUAUAUUGAUGAUCGACCUGUGCCAAGCGUCCCGUUUCACUAUCAUCUGGAUACCAAUUUAAAAGCUGAUCCGAUUCCUGGCCUUUGUGGAGACUUU